GAGGGCCCAGCGGGCAGCGUCCCCGAGGUCGUCGGCCGCGGCCAUGUCUGCCCGGUGCUGUGCUGGCCAGUUGGCCUGCUGUUGCGGAUCCGCUGGAUGCUCCCUCUGCUGUGGCUGCUGCCCUAAGGUCCGACAGUCUCGAACCACACGCUUCAUGUACUUACUCUACUUUGUCCUGGUUGUCGGCCUCUGCUGUGUGAUGAUGUCAUCCUCUGUGACCAAGCAGAUGAAGGAGCAUAUUCCUUUUUUUGAAGAUUUCUGUAAGGGCAUUAAAGCUGGUAACACCUGCGAGAACCUGGUGGGGUACUCUGCCGUGUAUCGAGUCUGCUUUGGAAUGGCUUCUUUCUUCUUUGUGUUUUGCCUGCUGACCUUAAAGGUCAACAACAGCAAAGGGUGCCGGGCCUACAUCCACAAUGGCUUCUGGUUCUUUAAGCUCCUGCUGUUGGGGGCCAUGUGCUCGGGAGCAUUCUUCAUUCCGGAUCAGGAGACCUUCCUGAAUGCCUGGCGCUAUGUGGGAGCUGUGGGCAGCUUCAUCUUCAUCUGUAUCCAGCUCCUCCUGAUUGUUGAGUUUGCACAUAAAUGGAACAAGAACUGGAAUGCAGGCACUACCACUAACAAGCUGUGGUACGCCUUCCUGUCCCUGGCGACGCUCAUCAUGUACUCUGUUGCUGUGGGAGGCUUGAUUUUGAUGGCAGUAUUUUACACACAGAAGGAUGACUGCACCGACAACAAGAUCCUCCUGGGAGUGCAUGGUGGCCUGUGCCUGCUAAUCUCUCUGGCAGCCAUCUCACCCUGUGUCCAGAGCCGACAACCACACUCUGGGCUGUUGCAGUCGGGGCUGAUAAGCUGCUAUGUCACAUACCUCACUUUCUCAGCACUGACCAGCAAGCCUGAAAAAAUAGCUCAAGAUGAACACGGGAAGAAUGUUACCAUAUGUGCACCUGACUUCAGUCAAGGCCUGCAUAGAGAUGAAAACAUGGUGACCUGUCUGGGCAUCUUUCUCUUGAUCGUGUGCAUCUCCUAUUCAUGUUUGACUUCAACAACAAGGUCGAGUUUGGAUGCUCUGCAGAGGCGUUAUGGAGCUCCUGAACUGGAAGUAGCCCGCUGCUGUUUUUGCUUUGGUCCAGAUGGAGAGGACACUGAAGAGCAGCAGAAUGUCAAAAAGGGACCCCGGGUCAUCUAUGAUGAGAAGAAAGGCACCGUCUACAGCUACUCCUAUUUCCACUUUGUCUUCUUGCUGGCUUCUCUCUAUGUGAUGAUGACCUUGACCAGCUGGUUCCAUUAUAAAGAUGCCACCAUUGAGACCUUCUUCACUGGGAGCUGGUCCAUCUUCUGGGUCAAGAUGGCCUCCUGCUGGAUAUGUGUGAUACUGUACUUGUGGACCCUGGUGGCCCCUCUUUGCUGUCCUUCCAGGCAGUUCUCGGUGUGAGGAUGUGCAAGUGCCCCUUGGCUCGGCAGGCCUAUGUCCCACUCUGGAGGGCUAGUCUUUGACUAUGUGCAUCAGGGGUUUGAGCAGCAACUCGUGCCCCGGGUCUGACGAUGCUUUCAGAAAACAAAAUCUCCCAAUCAGCUUUAGUCUAAAAUCCAAAAGGAAACUACCAGUUUGACUGACAGGAAUUGAAAUCUUUAGCCAAGCUGAUAGGUGCAAUUAAUUAUGUCUUUAUGCCUUA